CGCCACAGCCCACCGGAGCGGGUCGCUCUCCGCCAGCCCGUGGUGCUGAAAUCACGGCUCGUUCCCGCCGCAAUGUGAGGGCGAUGAGACGGAGCGCGGAAGGGCCGAGAAAGGAGCACCACGAUGGACGACGACCUCUUCCAGCUGAGGCAGCUGCCGGUGAUCAAGUUCCGCCGCACUGGUGAAAGCGCGCGCUCAGAGGACGAGGGGGUGUUCCGGGAGCAUGAGGUCCAGAUCGAGGGAGUGCGAACGGACCUUGAGUCUGUAGAGCUGGGCGAGGGCACGGCUGUACCCCGGGAGUUUGCCAACCCCACUGAUGACACCUUCAUGGUGGAGGAUGCUGUGGAGGCCAUUGGUUUUGGCAAGUUCCAGUGGAAGCUCUCCAUUCUUACCGGGCUGUCAUGGAUGGCAGAUGCCAUGGAAAUGAUGAUCCUCAGCAUCCUGGCUCCCCAGCUGCACUGCGAAUGGAGGCUCCCCAGCUGGGAGGUGGCGCUACUUACAUCGGUUGUGUUCAUCGGUAUGAUGAUCAGCUCCUCACUGUGGGGGAACAUAUCAGACAAGUACGGACGAAAAACGGGCCUGAAGAUGAGCGUCCUGUGGACCAUGUUCUAUGGGCUCCUCAGCGCUUUCGCCCCAGUGUAUGGCUGGAUCCUCUUCCUUCGCGCUCUUGUGGGCUUUGGCAUCGGGGGAGCCCCGCAGUCGGUGACGCUCUACGCAGAGUUCCUCCCCAUGAGGUCCAGAGCCACCUGCAUCCUGCUUAUUGAGGUACAGCCCAAAAGCCGUCUUUCUCGGUCACUCAACGCUACUUUGCUUACAUUACUCUCUGGACCUCAUGCUGCAGAGGCUCUAACCCCACCUUAUUCCUCUGUCACGGUGCUCCAACCCCCAUUGCCAAAGAUAUUUUGGGCCCUGGGCACUGUGUUCGAAGUGCUGCUUGCCAUCCUGGUGAUGCCCACACUGGGCUGGCGAUGGCUACUUGCCCUCUCCACGGUGCCACUGCUCGUCUUCGCCAUCCUGUGCUUUUGGCUACCUGAGAGCGCCCGCUAUGAUGUACUGACAGGCAGCCAGGAGAAGGCGCUGGCUACGCUCAAGCGCAUCGCUGUGGAUAACGGGGCCCCCAUGCCCCUGGGGAAGCUCAUUGUUGCCAGACAGGAGGAACGUGGGAAGAUCCAAGAUCUCUUCUCACCGCACUUUCGCUGGACUACAGUUCUGCUGUGGUUUAUCUGGUUCUCUAAUGCCUUCUCCUAUUAUGGUCUGGUCCUGCUGACCACAGAGUUAUUUCAGACAGGAGAUGCAUGUGAAGUGUCCACAGGCAGUAAGGUGGAGCCCCGGUGUAGUCUGGAGUGCAAGUUCCUGACAUCAGAUGACUACAAGGACCUGCUCUGGACCACUCUGUCAGAAUUCCCAGGCUUGCUGGUGACCCUUUGGGCCAUUGAUCGGCUUGGCAGAAGGAAGACCAUGGCCCUGUGUUUCCUGGUGUUCUCUCUCUGCAUGGUGCCCCUGUAUGCCUGCGUCGGGAGGACAUCUCUCACAGUCCUGAUCUUCAUUGCCAGAGCCUUCAUUGCUGGAGGGUUCCAAGCAGCUUAUGUCUACACCCCAGAGGUGUACCCUACAGCAACCAGAGCGUUGGGGCUGGGAACCAGCAGUGGGAUGGCUAGGGUCGGUGCUCUCAUCACUCCCUUUGUUGCGCAGGUGAUGCUGGAGUCCUCGGUGUACUUGACGCUGUCUGUGUACUGCUGUUGCUGCCUGCUGGCAGCCAUGGCAUCGUGUGCCCUGCCCAUUGAGACCACUGGUCGGGGGCUUCAGGAGUCCAGUCACCGGGAAUGGGGGCAGGAGAUGAUGGGACGUGCUCCGCGCAGUCCUGAUAGAGUCCCUCGCUCCAGCUCUGGAUCCCAGGACUGAGGGGUGGGCCAGGGCUGGGCAGGGAGAGGAGCUCCAGAAAAUGUGUGGAGCCAGGUGAGGUCAAGGUUUUGGCAGAGGGGAAUGCUUCCAUUUCCCAUAACCCCACCGGAGUUAGCUCCAACCCCAGUGUGUACAUAAGCAUAAGGAUGGAGAAAAGCAGAAGCAGCAGAGCGUGAUUUAAGCUUUUCUUGAUUUUAAUCACAGACUGAUAUUGCUCCCAUGAUGCUGCCAAUCUCUGACUGGCCCACACACUACCUACUCACUCUGAGCUUCUGGUUGGGAAAGGGUACUUGGGUGUAAGACUGGCGCUGGGAGAUGGGGCUAACAAUACAGCGGGAAAUCCAGCUCAUUCAUUCACUGGAAUCACAGAGCAAGGCCCUGAAGAAGUGAGGGUGAGUUGAAGGUCAGCAAGCGGUGGGGUAAAAUGUCACAUGGAUUCAUUUCAGGUUUUUCUUUCAUCAGUCCCAUUUUGCAAAAUUUGAUCAAGUAGGGAGUGGGGACCCCGGUUUUCCAGAAUGCUGUAAAUUGCUGAAACACCUACCACACUUGCUUCUUUAAGAACCAGCACCCGGCACAACUCACUAAACUGUAUUCUUUAGCCAUGUUCGGCUACUAUAUACCACUGCCAUCUUAAACCACCAUUUGGUAACAGGUGUCAUUUAUGUCUGUAAAACGUAUAGUGUGAGUAACUUAUUAAUAUUGUCAGAAAGCAAUCAGUCUUCAGGUGAAGAGAAACUUUUACAUUAUAUACAGAGACUCUGAGCCCUACGCUUCAGAUCAGAAUGUACGCCAGCACCCUGAAGCGAAAGAAGCAGUAUAAAAUGUGAUGGUAAAGGUGGAUGAGAUGGGCUGGUUCUGAUCUGAAACACAAAACAUUACUCUGAUAGGAGCAUAGACAUCAGAUCAGUGCUGAAGGUUACUGUGCUGUACCCAGUACACCUUUUCAUCAUUAAAGCAAGCUGAUGGUAUUUACAGAAUACCACUGCUCGGCCUGUUUUGCGUGUCUUUGUCAGCCCUUACAGCCUCUUGGAAGAAUGACUAAGAGAAGGGGAUGCGGAGACUCCCGAACACUGUCAUACAAGCUGUUUCCAACAGGCCUGCCUUUGAAGUUUAGUGCCGCACUAAGUGUCUCUACACCGACUCUUGCCACCGCAAUGGAUGCACAUGUGUAUAAUACAUUAAUAAAUUCUGUUUA